AUGACUGAUAAGAAAGAAAUGAAGGAAAAAGAGCUACUUUUGGAUCCUGAGGCAGGACCUCAGACCGAGAGGAGCCUGAGCAAGCCAGGCAGAGCUCAGCAAUGGCUCCGCAACCCCGUUGUGAUUGUCCUACAGAUGCUUAUCUUAGCACUGUUCUGCCGGUUCACCCUGGACCGGUUUCACCACUCUGCUCAACCAGAUCCCGUUCACAAGACUUUCGUGGGCUAUCUUGGCUCGCUGGAAGAGAAUUUUGCUGGCACAUGGCUGAAAGAGUACUCGAAUGAGACCCAAUUCCCAGGCACGGAGGCAAACAUCAAGCUUGCCAAUUGGACAAGAGACAAGUUCCUUGAGUUUGGUCUGGAGGCGGAGACUGACCUCUACACUACCUACAUAAGCUACCCCGUGUCUCAAUCGCUGGAUCUUUUAAGUGCAGGUAAUGGUUCCGUCGUGUUCAAGGCUGCUCUUCGGGAAGACAUUUUGGAAGAAGACCCAACGUCCCUAAAACGCGUGCCGGCCUUUUUGGGCUAUGCGGCCUCUGGUGAUGUUGUGGGAGAGUACAUCUACUGCAAUUACGGCACCAAGGAGGAUUUUGACACGUUGAGCGAACUAGGAGUGAACGCAACAGAUAAGAUAGCGGUGAUUAGAUAUGGCAAGAUUUUCCGCGGCCUGAAGGUCAAGUUUGCGCAGGAUUUCGGUUUCAAGGCCGCCCUGUUGUUUACAGAUCCUAAAGAUGAUGGACAGGUGACAGAGGCUAACGGCUACAAGGCCUAUCCGGAAGGAAUAGCCAGAAACCCAAGCGCCAUCCAGCGCGGCUCUUCGCAGUUUCUUUCUGUGUUUCCAGGAGACCCUACCACGCCCGGCUAUGCCAUCAAGCCGGGAGAAAACAAGACUAGGUCGACUCCCCACUUGACGACCCCAAAGAUCCCGGCCAUUCCUGUUUCCUACAGAGACGUCAUUCCUAUUUUGGAGAAACUCUCUGGACACGGUCCUAAGGUCGAGUCAUGGCCGACAGGACUCGUUCCUGGCUACGACUACGUCUCUAUUGGCCCAAAUCCAAACUACAAGCUGCACCUGACAAACGAACAGGACUUCAACAUCACCAACCUCCACAAUGUCUACGGCAAGAUCGAAGGACACAAAAAGGACGAGGUGAUCAUCAUUGGCAACCACCGCGACUCCUGGACUCCUGGUGCCGGAGAUCCUCACACGGGCUCGGCUGUGCUGCUCGAAAUUGCCAGGGCUUUGGGCAAUUUGCAAAAAACCGGCUGGAAACCUCAAAGAACCAUCAUGCUCGCAUCCUGGGACGGCGAGGAGUACGGCCUGCUUGGAUCUACCGAGUUUGGCGAGUACAACGCGCACGAUCUUUCCCAAAAAGUGGUUGCCUACUUCAACAUGGACGUCUCAGCUAUUGGUAACAUUUUGCAACUGGGAGCCUCGCCUAUGUUGUACGAAGUGCUGAGAUCAACAGCCGAUCUUCUGGAGUACCCGGGCACAGACAAGACACUGUACGAUCAUUUCAAGGACAACACCAACGACACUAUCAAAUCUCUUGGAUCCGGCUCCGAUUAUACGGUGUUUUUGGACCAUCUGGGCAUUCCGUCGGUGGACCUGGGUUUCACGAGCAACCGCACCGGUCCUGUUUAUCACUAUCAUUCCGUCUACGAUUCUUACCACUGGAUAGAGAAGUUGGUGGACCCUGGAUUUGUUUUGCACAACCUCAUGGCCAAAUACGUCGGUCUGGCGGUUUUGAAGCUCAGCGAGACCAAAGUCUACCAAAUGAAGGCCUCGGACUAUGCUGCUGAAAUCCAGCGUCUGUACGCGAAAGUGGAGGUUCCUAAACACUGGCUGAGCAGAAAUGUAGGACACUGUUCGAAGGGCGGGAGACUGGACGACCUGCUUUCGGACACCGAGCAGAACAUUGUUUCUUUAAAAGACGCUGCUGCCUCCUUCGACGAGGAAGCCGUGCAGCUGCAAACACAGUACGACAACUGGGACAAUCUGUCGUGGUGGGAGAAGCUCGCUCUGCAAUGGAAAAUCGUCAGGACGAACCACAAGCUGAAAUUCUUUGAACGCCAGUUCCUGAACCCAGACGGCUUGAAGGACAGACCAUGGUUCAGACACAUUAUCUAUGUGAGCGGACGCUACACGGGCUAUGCUGGCCAGCAGCUGCCCGGACUGGUGGAGCCGAUCGAGGACAACGACUACGAAACGUUUGUGCGCGGCCUCACGUUUUUCAACAACGUUGUGGACCACUUGGCUACACAUAUCUAA